AAUCUCCAGCGGGUGCUUGCAUGCAGGUGUCCUCGGCGACAGAAAAGCAGACCCCCUAAAUCGGAUGCGAGGGUUAAAGCGGAUGUGGUCUGAUUUUGUUUCAUGAGGAAAAUCCAUGAAGGAGCAAGGCUGAUCUUGUCUGGAUGAGAGGAGGACCCCCCACCGGGUGAAGACGCGCAGCAUCUGCUCUAGCUGCCAUCGACCAGAGAGGAACACACACACACCCCACCCCUCCCGAAAUGAAACUGUGACGAGGCGGAGGAGGAUCGAGGAAGGAUCGUCCUGUGUUGCGCCAAACCUCUUUUUUUCUUGUCUUUUUAGCACCAAUCGUCCGCCGAUGUUGCCGUCUUUGUGUGCGCGUGCUGGAGCAUCCUUCGUGCUCAACGUUUGCGUGUGUGACGCUGCAGAUGUGAGCUGCUAGAACAAUCAACAGAACCUUUUGCAUCUGGACUUCAUCAUGACCCUAGCUGGACCAUCAUGAGGAUCUUAUUUCUUCUCCCCACGAGAAGCACAUGUUCCUCCAGUAUGUUACGUUCAUCCUGCUAGUGGGGCCCAUCACGGCUGCUUCUGUGUGACGGGAGGCGGGCACACCUUGGACUCAUCACCUGUCAAUCACAGGAAGUCCUACAUAGUUUUGUAGGACUGAAGUACGCUGUGCUCCUGUAAAGCAACAGACCAACCUCCAGCGUUUAUCAGUGGCCGUCAGGUUUUGGACCGCUGGAGAAAGGAUCUCUCGUCCUAAAGAAGCUAAGGAAGUGAAACAUCUCCGUCGUUCUUCACAAUGAACUGAGCAUCCCAACAAUGCCGACCUCUCAGGCACCCACCCUGGUCCCGAACGUAAGCGACACUCCCUGGGACGUGCAGUACGACUUUGUCAGCCGGGGUCCGGCAUGGACCAACAGCGUCCUGAAGAUGGCACUAAUCUCCCUCAUCGUGUGUGUGUCCUUGUUUGGGAACGUCAUCGUUCUGCUGGUGUUCCAGCGGAAGCCUCAGCUCCUGCACGUGGCCAACCGCUUUGUCCUCAACCUACUGUUGGCCGAUCUCCUCCAGACCGUGUUGGUCAUGCCCUUUGCCAUCGCGGCCGCCGUGCCCGGGGUGUGGCCCCUGGAUGCCCGGCUGUGCCAGGCUCUGGUGGUGCUUAUGCAUCUCUUCGCAUUUGCCGGCGUCAACACCAUCAUCGUGGUUUCUGUGGACCGCUACCUUGCCAUCAUCCACCCUCUGUCCUAUCCCACCCGCAUGACCCCUCACUUGGGCACCAACCUGAUCGCGUGCACCUGGGUGCUCAGCUUUCUGCAGAGCACGCCCCCGCUGUACGGCUGGGGCGCCAUUGAUUUUAACCGGCAUCACAAGAUGUGCUCGGUGGUGUGGUCCUACAGCUUGUCCUACUCCAUCGUGGUGGCCACCUUCUCCUUCUGGCUGCCAGUUCUCAUCAUGCUCGGGUGCUACUGGAUGGUGUUCCGAGCUGCUCGGAGACAGAACGCGCUUGUGCACCCAAUACAGACAAGAUCCUACUCCCAGCCUUGCCCCCAGGAUUUCCAGGGAGCCCAACCCCAGCAGGCAAGCUCACCGAACAACCCGUACUCGUCCAAGGGUUACCCCGCUCGUGUGAGGCACCGACGCUUCCACUACCACUGCAAGGCAGCACGUGUGGUCUUUGUGAUCAUGUCCUCUUACGUCCUCAGCAUGGGGCCCUACAGUGUCCUGAACACCAUCUCCAUGAGCGCCAGAGCAGAUGUCCCCUCUUGGUUGUCCUCUCUGGCCCUGGUGCUCUUCUUCCUACAGUGCUGCCUGCACCCGUACAUCUACGGAUACAUGCACCGCAGCGUGAGGAAGGAGUUCCUCGCCUUGCUCUGCGGGAUGCUCUGCAAGCAGGGUCGCCCCAGCCAGAGCUCAGCUGCCGAGACUUGCCUCACCACUGCGGCAGGGGAGGGGCGUGGAUCUGGGGGGCGAGCUCACCUGCCCAGCCUGGCCGCCGGGGUCUUUCCGCUCCAGACGUGGGAGGAGUGCACCACGUCGUCUUCGCCCGCUUUCGAAAGGAGGUCCAAGGACAGCCGCAAGGAGCCCACCUCGACCAGCGUCAGCUCAGACAGGGAGCCCACGGCUCACGGGAAGCCAAGUACAUAGAACUCCUUGAGGACUGACAAACCCGACCAAGGUAGCUAUGGGACUGUCUGUGUCAGAACGUUGGAGGUGCCCGUUGUUGCUGAGGGUCUGAAGUACAUUCUUGUACCUUUUGGGGUUUUGGAGUCCAGUAAUAAGCCUUAUAUUGUAAACUAGUCUAGACUGUACUACUACUUCUAAAAGUGUAGACACUACUUAUGGUGGGUUCACACUAGUCAUGUUUGAUUUGGCUGAAAGGAACUCUGGUGGUUUUGGUGUCACACGAUUCAUUUGGUUGAGUGGGAACACAAUCAUCUGAACCCUGCUGCACACCAAACAAGCAAAUCAAGCCAAAUGGCAGCAAAAACACAGUGGAAGUCCUCCCUCUUUGUGUGUGUGUGUGACAACACCAAUCUUUAAAAGUAUAUUUUAGAAGCUAUUUGUGAAAUCUAAGAUGCUAAAUAUACCAGAAUAUAAAAAUAUCUUACAUAUCCCACCCAGCAGACGGCAUUGUUGUUUGGAAUAUUGGAGUUAGGUCACGUAAUUUGUCAGGAAAGCUGCCCAACCAAGUCCUUACGUUAUUCAUUUCUUCUUCUUCUUCUUCAUUGGUCCCAUGACAAAAAUACCAGUGUAGACGCUAAGUGAACCAUACCACAGCAUCUAGUUUAGUGAACGCAGCCUUACAAUCUGCCUCUACACCUGUUGCUGUGUAGCCUCUACCAAGCAGUCAUUCUUUGCUUUUCUAUGUUCUUUGCUGAAUUCAGGGUAUUCAGGCAGAGUGACGCCAUGUGGCAUUUGAACUCUAUCUGGUUGAGCAAGAAAGCAAUGAAGAAUUGUAUUUCAUUGAUGUUAAGUGGUGUCAAAGGGAUGAUUCAUUGUGCCUGUCAACACACAAAAGGACUUUGCCUUAUUUUGUGUCUUGAAAUCAAGAUGUUUCUAACAUUUCCCCAAUACCCCAAAUUAGACCAACAUGUGCUAAAAUACACUAUACAUUUCUAUAAAACACACACACAUCCUGUACAUAAACUAAUGGUGAGGUCCCAAUCAGCAACCCAUUUUGGGCCCAACCUUCAGUUUGGACAAGCUUGUUUUUCUAUGUAAGGUGUUCCCUACAGACAGAAAUAUUAUAGAUUUUUUUUCUACUACCCAAAGCAAGAAGCCUAUUGAUUUUUAAAGAGAUUAACUCAAGUGGACUUAAGGAGCUGUGGUGAAAGAUUCAAAUGGAUUACUUAUAUUUAUUUCAUGAUGUGCAAGAUUCCAGAUGAUUUUGCCACAGGUCAACUUGGAAACCGAAAUGUCUUUUUAGUGCACAUCACAGCAAGGUCAUGCAGUCCAAGGUAAAACGAACUUAUUUCAAGUGCACCAGAGGUCCUAUCACAAUUGUGGAACAUUCAGGGGUUUUACGGCUACAUCAUCCCAAAGUUUUGAAUAUCUGGCCCAUGUCAUUAGGCAAGGCAUUAUUGCAUCUUUGUACGAACUUGCUACUGAGGUUUCCCACAAGUGUUGUGCUUGGUGACACCUGCUAACAUUAUGAGCUGCUUAUUCUAGACAAUUCCAUUGUAGUGUUGCUAAAUUGGAACAGCAUCAUCACACACUUCUUUGCUUUAAAGGUGAUUUUCAACUUUUUUUUGUAAUUUUUUGGUUAUUAUUCCCCCCCCCCCCCCAAAAAAAAGUCUUCUUGAGUGUGAUUUCUAUUUAUGGUUACAUGUUAUAUGUACUUUUAUACUUAACAAAUGUUGAUUAAAAAAAAAAAUCCUUGAGGCACUGUUUUGCUUUUUGGAUAUGCAGGACAGUCAGAAAUAAGACGCUAGAUGAGGCGUGUCCAAGGGUCACUCUUUUCAACUCCAUUAGUGGAAGCCAAAAUAUGCCAAGCGGUUCAACAAAUUUAAAUAGCACUACAGGGAACAAAGCAUAUAGUUGUGAUUAUUGAUAAUUCACAAUAUAACAAUAGCAGUAAUAAUAAUAAAGCUACACUUGGACACGCCCGCACUAGCUUGUGAUGACAAAAUGACACCACUUGCCAACAAGGAAGAAUCACAUAGUGUAGAAAUGUUCAUCAUAUACAUUCAUAUUAUUCAUUGGGUAUAUUUGCAAAACAUCAGAGAUUGAGUGACGAGCUGCCACUCAGUGUUGCAAACGAAUGCAAUAAUAAGCAGCAGUCAAUCUGGAAACACCCCCUCCCACUGGAUUGAAUGAUGAAAUAGAAAAGGAAAAAGCAACAAUGUCAGUGUUUAUGUCUCCACUACAAUACACGCUGAUAUAAAGCCCAGUUUUUUACCUAAAACAAGCCUUCUUUGCAUCUAUACAACAUAUGUACAAGUACUUUCC